AUGCCCGAUGGCAAGGAGAAAGAGCCCCCGUGGGGGCCGCUGUACGGCAUGUCACGAGAGGAACUCAUCGUCUUACGAAAGACUCUCACGGAGCUACUCGACAAAGGAUUCAUCCGAGCGAGCAGUUCUCCGGCGUCAGCACCAGUUUUGUUCAAAGACCGAUAUCCUCUGCCACUGAUCGAUGAGACUCUGCGGUCGCUGUCCAAGGCCAAGUGGCUUACCAAACUCGACGUUAUCGCGGCAUUCCACAAAAUUCGCGUCGAGGAGGGAGACGAGUGGAAGACGGCAUUCCGGACACGAUACGGACUAUACGAGUGGCUUGUCACGCCGUUCGGGUUGACGGGUGCUCCGGCAACGUUUCAGCGUUACAUCAACCACACGCUGCGAGAUUUCCUCGACGAGUUCUGCUCCGCCUACAUUGACGACAUCUUGAUCUAUUCGAGCGGCUCGCUCGCCGAUCAUCGAAACAAAGUCAAGCAGGUCCUUGCGCGAUUGCGAAAUGCAGGCCUGCAGAUUGACAUCGACAAGUGUGACUUUGAAGCAAAGAGUGUCAAGUACCUGGGCUUCAUCGUCGAAGCCGGAAAGGGUAUCCGCGUGGACCCGGAGAAGGUGCAGGCAAUUCAGCAGUGGCAGCAACCUCGUUCUGUCAAGGGCGUCAGAAGUUUUCUGGGUUUUGCCAAUUAUUACCGGCAGUUCAUCCCCAGAUUCUCCAACAUCGCUGCGCCCCUAACGGCGCUGACAAAGAAGGAUGCGGUCUUCAUGUGGUCCAAGGAGUGCGAGGCGGCGUUCGAAGAGAUGAAGUCACUCCUGACCAGCGCCCCGAUUCUCGCGCAAUGGGAUCCGGAUAGAGAGACGAUCGUAGAGACGGAUUCAUCCGGUUAUGUCACAGGAGGGGCGCUCUCGCAAAAGGGCGAUGACGGCAUCAUGCGGCCUGUGGCCUUCUUCUCCAAGAAAAACGCACCGGCGGAGUGCAAUUACCCAAUCCACGACAAAGAGCUGCUGGCGAUCAUUCGCUGCCUCGAGCAUUGGGACGCCGAAUUGAGGAGUGUAAAGUCCUUUACCGUUUGGACAGAUCAUCUCAACCUACGCUACUUCACCAAGAAGCAGCAACUGAGCGAACGUCAGGCGCGAUGGGCUGAGACGUUAUCGCGGUACAACUUCACCAUCAAGCAUCGACUUGAUUCGUACAGAGUCCGCCCAGGUGGCUUCUCCACUCUCUGCGAGCUCUUUUUCGAACUUAGGCAAGAACGCCGCAAAACUCUCCUUCGGUCCUUGUCUCAUUGUUUCAAGUCUUGUCAGGGCUCUCUGCUCGGCGUUCGGAUCUGCAUAGCAGCUAACUAG